UCUUAUUUUUUUUUAGUAGACCUACCACCAUGUCUACUUCUUUGCUUCUUAUAGGAGUUCUCUGCAUUUUAGGAGCAAAUAGUUUUCUCCCAGCAGGGAAAGCAAGGGUGACACGAGAGCCUAACGCUCCGGAGCCCAUUGACUGUUUGCUGACUACCUGGAGUGAUUGGGGACCAUGUAGUUCAUGCUCAAAAGAAAGAUACCGCUCAAGGGGUAUCCGGAAGUUUGGACAGUUCGGGGGAAAACCAUGCACUGCACCUCUGAGCGAUAGAGGCCACUGUGAGCCAGAAAGCCCAUGUCCGGAAGAGGGAGGUCACUGUGAGGAAGGAGAGUUUGAAUGUGAAAAUGGAUAUUGUCUAAAGAAUAGGUUGCUGUGUAACACAGAAAAUGACUGUGGUGACUUCUCGGAUGAAGAUGCUUGUGGGGAAACCAAACGCCCACCCUGUGGGGAUCGUGACAUGGAGGUAUCAGAACUUGGAAGAACAGCUGGCCAAGGUCUGAACGUGCUGGGAAUGAAACCGGCUCAAAGCCCAUUUCACAAUGAGUUUUUCAAUGGCAUCUGUGAUCGGGUCCGUGAUGGGAACACGGCCACUUAUUAUCGCAAGCCAUGGAAUGUUGCUUUCCUCAGUUAUGACACAAGAGGAGACAAACACUUUUCAAAUGAAUUCUACAGUGACCAAGCAUCAACAAUGAGAGAAAUGUUCAGUAGCAAAAUACAGUCUUUCGAUGUGAACUUAUCUGUUAAACUGAAACCUACUGAGUCCGAUGUAGAAAUUGCUCUUGAGGGAGGCUUCAACGCUGGCAAAUCAUCCAACUUGAGUGCAUUCUUGAAGAAGACCAAAGGAAUGGAUCUCAUCUAUUUACACGUAAAAUCUAAUAUACAGCUGGGAACUUUCCAAAUGCGAAGGCGCAAUUUGCGCUUGAGUGAAACAUUCCUGGAAGAUCUAAAGCUUUUGCCCAGUACCUAUGAGAAGGGAGAGUAUUUUAAAUGUUUGGAAGCAUAUGGAACUCAUUAUUCACAGAGGGGAACCAUUGGAGGAAAAUAUGAACUAAUGUAUGUGUUGGAUAACCAUACUCUGUCAGAGCACGGGCUCACUGCAGUAGAUGUAAAUGAAUGCCUCGGUUUUAAUUUAGGUGUUGCUGCCACCGUAGAUAUCGUAGAUGCCAAGGCAGAGAUUAAAGCUAAACAGUGUAAAAACAAUAAGUUUAAAAAUGUUGAUGAAGUGAGAAGCAGAGGGGUUAUCCAUGAUAUAGUCUCUCUCGUUGAAGGUGGGACAACAGCUACUUUAACAAAGUUGAAUGAAAUGCUUUCAUCAAAUGUCAAGUUAGUUGAUGUAGAACAGUAUGCCGAAUGGGCUGCUACGUUACCUCAAGCUCCCACAGUGAUCAGACAAGAGAUACUCCCAAUUUCUGAACUUAUACCACUGAAAAUCCCAGACUCCCGAAUAAAGAAAGAAAAUCUGGACAGAGCUAUAGAGGAUUAUGUGGCUGAAUACAGCGUAUGCAAAUGCCAGCCUUGUCUAAAUGGUGGGACGGUGAUGCUGCUGGAAGGAAAGUGUGAAUGCGCUUGCACCCCAUAUUACAAGGGAGAAGCCUGUGAAAUACCCAAGUCACCUUUCAUACCAGAUCAAAGAGCCGUUGAUGGGAGCUGGAACUGCUGGUCUAGCUGGUCUGCAUGUGAGCAUGGAGAACACCAACGAACAAGGCAGUGUAAUAAUCCUGCACCUGGAUCUGGGGGCAAGCCGUGUCCUGGAGCACACUUGGAACCUGGCUAUUGUUAAUUGUAGAAGACUACUAAUAGCAGAUAUCUGAUGGGAAAGUAAUACAGCCUGAAUGUCCCUAUUGGAUCUACGCUUCAAGCUUCCUGUGAGCAGGUUGAAUUCAAAGCUAUUGAUCCAUUGAUCUCUGGACUUCAGAGCUCCACUUUGUACUGAACAAUAAACCUGAUGACCUGCAGAAUA